AUGCUUGUAAUAUUUCUGCUCUGUCUAUUGAGUUUAACACAAGCAGAAGCGAAUGAAGAUGCUAAAACAGAAUUCAAGUCUUUCUUCAAAGUUCAAGAUGGUCAGCUAGAUUCUGUUAGCUCGCUGCUCCUCAGAAUGAAGAAAUUGGCACAUCGACGAGUUUAUGGUAACAGGGUUUUCGGCAAUGAUGCUGUGGAGGAUUCUAAGAAAGAAGUGACUAUCAGUGAGUCUCAACCUGCUGUUGUUAAAGAGGUUAGUCCGUAUCUUUUUGAAGGUGACAUCUUUUUGUCAAAAAAACAAGCAGUUGGAAUUCUACAAACCAUCUCUCAUAUCGAGCGACGUAAACGAAAAGAUGGAAGAGAUAGACGCUCCUUUGUAGCUGAGGAAGAGGAGAAAUGGCUCGAACUCCCUAUCAAAUAUAAGUUUCAUGAGAGUUUAGAUUUCCAUUCUGUGAGACAAAUCAUUUCUGCUAUACGUUAUUGGGAGAACGUUACUUGCCUCUCUUUUUUGAACGCCCCAGACGCUUAUGAAGAUGAAGAUCAUUUAGAAUUUUUCCGAGGACAAGGAUGUUAUUCUAUGAUUGGUAGGAACGGAGGUAGACAAGGAGUAUCCAUUGGCGAAAAUUGCGUUAAGCUCGGAGUAAUAGAACAUGAAAUCGGACAUGCACUCGGGUUAUGGCAUCAACAGAGCAGGCCAGAUGCUCAAACUUACGUUAAAGUUCAAGAAGAUUUCAUUUUACCAUCAUUCAUAUCUGAUUUCCAAACCCGAGAAAAUGAUAUAAACACAUUAGGCGUACCUUACGAUUUAGGAUCAGUAAUGCAUUAUGGUAGUACUGCGUUCAGCUCUGAUCAAAACAGCAAAACAUUAAUCACAAGAGAUCCCCUGUAUCAGUCGACUAUUGGCCAAAGAGAGACCUUAUCGUUCCUAGAUAUCGAAACUAUCAAUACGGCAUAUUGCAAAGAACAAUGUUCUUCACGAAGCGCUGGGCAGUGCAAAAACGGUGGAUAUCCUCAUCCAGGAAAAUGUUCCGAUUGCUUAUGUCCGAAUGGAUUGAGUGGAAAGAGUUGUGAGGAGCCUGAAGCUUCUCAAAAUGCCGAAUGUGGGCAAGCUCUAACUUUAUCUGAUGAAUGGCAAGAGUUCAACUCUCCCGACUUCCCUGAUCCAGGGUAUGAACCAAAUCAGAAAUGUUCUUGGCUACUUAGCGCUGGAAAUGGGAAAAGAAUAGAACUAGAGUUUAUUGAGGAUUUCUCCUUCUUAUGCACUACUACUUGUGUUGACUAUGUGGAACUGAAGAUAUCAAAAGAUUUGAGAAACACUGGAUUUAGAUUUUGCUGUUACGAUAUGCCUACAGAGAGUUUAAUUUCGGAAUCGAACAAAGCAAUAGUUAUUUUCAAGUCUUCAUUGUCAAGCGACAUUGGUUUCAAACUCAGAGUUCGCCAUACUGAUUUACCUUCACGAACAACACCUGCUCCAGUAAUUAGAACGACGACACCUGUGCCAACAACUAUAGCAGGAACUGAUAUAUGGUCCGAAUGGGGAGAAUGGUCCCAAUGUAGUAGAAGUUGUGGAGGUUGCGGAAUUAAAUCGCGAGCUAGAACAUGCAGAACGAAAGACUGCGAUGGUCGGAGGCAAGAGUUUAGCACUUGUAAUAUGGAAGCUUGUCCUGUCGAUAAGCAUUGUGCCAAACUUCUUUCAACUAACAGAUUAUGCAAUGGGGUUGUCUGUACAAAAGUAACAUCAGCGUUAUCAGGGUGUAACGAACCACAAUGUUGUCCACCCUUUUACAACAACAAAGGAGUUUGCAUGAGUGAUAGUCCAAUUAGUAAUGAUUUUAUAGUAUAA